UUAAUUUUGUAUUCAAUAAUACCGAUUGGAAUACCGAAGUACCGAUUGGGAUACCGAAAUAUUUAGGGAUUGGGAUUGGGAUACCGAAAUUAUUUACGGAUUGGGAUUGAGUUUAGGGUGUGAUUCGGUAUUCGGAAUUUCGGUAUUUUUUUAUACCCAGGAUUUCAGUAUUUGGUAUUAGGAUACCUAUUUCCACCCCUACUUCUGAGUAUAGUUCUAAAAAAAAAUCUUCUAUUUUCUCUCCCAAAAUUUUCAUUUUCCCAUUGAAGAAGGAAAUAAUUUCUAUUUCUUGCUUUUGCUUCGGAAGAAAUGGCGACGGCGUUUCUCUCCCCUCGCAAUUGCCUGCAAGGUCGGUUCCGUCGGGAAGCUUUCGCGCUGCGAUCUUCACCUCGGGUGGCGAGGGAUGAUGUGGUUGCUUACCCUAAUCCUAACCCUAGGGGCGCAGGCGGAAGAGGAGUCCCAUGGGGUGCCAGAGGGAUACGGCGGCGUCGCGAUUGAAACAGUCACCGGUGGCGAAGCUCCCCGGAAAUAAUCUCGUGAUGGGACAGGUGAAGAUAUUGAAGCGCGGGGAAUUGCUGGAGAAGAGUGAGGAUGAGAAGAAGGGGAAGAAGCUGGUGGUGGAUCUUGGAUUGGGAUCGACGGAUCGGUUUGGGCCAGAACCGGAGACGUUUCUGAAGGAGGUUAGGGUUGAGGAGUUUAAUAAAGCCGUGGAUGUGAUGUAUGCAGGCUCGGCGUUUUUCACCUCGCCGCCACCGAGUUCGCUUCCUGUGCCGUGCGUUUUUGGGGAAAGGUGGGAUUGGGGAUGCUACUACUGAUCUCCGGCGAUUACUGGGGUUGAAUCUGAUUUAAUUUGGUGAUCAAUGAGAAGGUGAAGGAUCAAAGAUGAUGAUUCUUGUUGUUGAUGCUGCCGCUCAAUAGUUUUCUGCUUUCGUUGCUGCUGCUGUUGUCAAUUGCUUGGUGACUAGAAGCUUGAGAUCACUCCUUUAUUUUUUCAAGAGGAAGGCUGAUCAGAGCUCAAGCAAUUUGGUGGGAACCUUUGAGACGGCGGAGCGGAGAAGCAACGAACAAAAAUUCAGUUCGUGGGUUUGGGCGAAUGGAGUUAUUAACGUUCCUUGAUGGAGCUGGACGAGAAAUGAUGGAGAGGAAGGCGAGUUUCUGACCUUCGUGAAGGAGGCGACGAGGUGGGUCGGGAAUAGGAGGCGGCGCGAACGGUGACCUUGGGAGAACAACAAUCAAUCGGUGUUGUCUGGAAUAGGAGGCGACAAGGUCGUGGUGAUUUUUGGAGGUGACGACUGACGAGGUGGGUUCAAGAGGGUGAGAGAGGCGGUGUCUUAUCGGCGUUGUCUGGAAUUGGAAAUUUGGAGGCGACGAGGUCGCGGUGGUUUUUGGAGGCGACGACUGAUUAGGUGGGUUCAAGAGGGGGAGAGAGGCGGCGAAGAUGGGUUCAAUUCUUCUGUUUCCUUCUUCUGUUUCCUUCGCCGGGUUCAAGAGGGGGAGAGAGGCGGCGAACCAGCGGUUUUUGGAAUUGGAGAUUUGGAGGCGACAGGCCGACAACAACUCGCCGGAAUCACUCCCUGCCCACCACGGCUCCGACUGCUUCAGGGCUCAGGCUCUUGUUUUGGGGACAGGUUACGGUGAUUACUACAAAGUAAAUUAUAUUAAUUAAUUUUUUAAUAAAUUACAUUAAAGGUAGUUACAAAAAUCUAUUAAUUAAAAAUCUCUCUUUCUCUCACUUCCGUAAUCUCCAGCCAGAUUUUCUUUCCAUAUUUUUCUCAAUCUUUCUGCAAAAAAAAAAAAAAACGAAAUCAGUACCAAUCCAUUAGACAAGCACUACCACUUUGAAAAAUAUCAAUACCAUUGCAUAAAUAAAUCUAUACCAUUACACGAAAACUACCAUUGCAGAAAUAAAUUUAUACCAUUACACGAAAACUACCAUUCAAGAAAUAAAAACACUACCAUUUCACAAAACAUCAAUACCAUUCAAGAAAUAAAAACACUACCAUUUCACAAAACAUCAGUACCAUUGCAGAUUUAAUCACUACCAAUGCGACAAAAAUAAUACCAAUGCGACAAAAACAAUACCAAUACGACAAUAACACUACCACUACGAAAAAAAUGACUACCAUUUAAAAAAAUCACUACGGAAUAAAAUGACUACCAUUUAAAAAAAAACAUACCAUUCCAAUGGAAUUCCUCCUUCCUUUGACUGCUACGGAAUUAAAUGACUACCAUUUUGCUGCUGAUUGCGAUCGGACUCAAUCGGCAUCUGGGUCCCAUCGCUUACGCCAUCAGUCUCAUUCGUGGGCUCUGUCUGGUGGUGGUGGUCGCACUUCCCGUCGGUCGCCCCACCAUCGAUGUGGUGAGAAUGAAACUUUGAGUCCCUGCCGUCGAUCACCAAACUUUGAGUCCCACCAUCGAUGAUAACUACAGACAGUAAAAUAGGCUAACCGAAAAAUGGUGUGGAUGAGAGUUGAGAGCACUACAUCUCGUUGUCUCUUUCGAGAGAGAGAGAGAGAGAGAGAGAGAGAGAGAGAGAGAGAGAGAGAGAGAGAGAGAGAGAGGAGGGCGGUGGAGGGGAGGCCGGCCGGCGGCGGUUCUCGGGAGCGAUGAGGUUACGGGGACUGGGAGGGAGCUUGGUGGCGGGUUGCAAUAGGUAGGGUUUGGAUUAUAAUUUAUAGAGAAAUCAGGUGUGGUAUAUUUUUCAAUUCCAAAAUUACCCUAAUAUAAUCUUCAUCGUUAAUUUAAAAUUAGGGUGAAAAAGAAAUAAUGAAUGGUGUAGAUUAAG